UACAGACAUCAGCAGCAGCAAGCAAAAGAUGCUGAGUACAAGCAUCAGCAGCAGCAAGCCAAAGAUGCUGAAAACAGACGCAUCCAGCAGCAGCAAGCCAAGGAUGCCGAGAAUAGACGUAUCCAGCAGCAGCAAGCAAAAGAUGCUGAGUACAAGCAUCAGCAACAGCAAGCCAAAGACGCGGAGGACAGGCGUGUCCAGCAGCAGCAAGCAAAAGAUGCUGAGGACAGGCGUAUCCAGCAGCAGCAAGCCAAGGAUGCUGAGUACAAGCAUCAGCAGCAGCAAGCCAAAGAUGCUGAGAACAGACGUAUCCAGCAACAGCAAGCCAAGGAUGCCGAGAAUAGACGUAUCCAGCAGCAGCAAACCAAGGAUGCUGAGUACAAGCAUCAGCAACAGCAAGCCAAGGAUGCUGAAAACAGACGCAUCCAGCAGCAGCAGGCCAAGAAUGCUGAUCAGAAACAGCGUGAACAGCAG